GUCGGAUGCGCGCCAUUGAAAUCAAUCCCACAACGACUUGUUGACGUCUUUGCAAUCAUAGCAAGCCUUAACAUUCUGCCCACUUGCUGGCCGAGCUGUCGGCACUCGGGGUCCUCGGGCUCCAGGACACUGACACGCAACAAUGUCAGCAGACGAUGACCAAUUCUCCACGGCCCCAGGUGGAACUGGCACAACCCCUGCACAACAUGUGUGUCACUGUGGGAAAGCUUUCAUACGCAAAGAACAUUUGCGGCGGCACCAGGCUACGCAUCAGAAACCCUCGUAUACUUGCCACGUCUGCCACCGCUCCUUUACUCGCAGUGAUCUGCUUCGACGCCACGCCAACCUACACGUCGCGACAACGGCCCCAGCCAGCCGCAGGGCAAGAGCUUGCGAUGAGUGCCACAGAUCCAAGCUCAAGUGCAGCGGAGGUCCGCAGUGCUCACUGUGUGGGAAACGUGGAGUCAAUUGCACCUUUGGCGACACCGCCGGAAGCUCCAGCAAUGCAUCCACUGUCGGUGCCGGAGGCGCAACCGCCGCGCCGUUAGGUGCGACGACUCGAGGAGGCAAAGAUGAACUGCACGCCCAGAUUACCACCGACUUUUUACGGUCUUUGACUAUCCAGACUGCACCUGCCUCUCGAGAUGCGGACGACAGCCGUCUACUCGUCUCAGACGAGACAUCUCUACAUUGGCACUACGGCAAUGACGGGUUGGAGGAAUCGUUCCGUCGCAUCGUGACCAGGAGCCCUGCAUCUCUCGAGGCAGAUCUCAAGGCAUCGGAUGAAUUGAAGUACUGGGUCUCCAGUUGUUCCACGUUGUAUUUUGAACGUUUCCAUCCACAUUGGCUGAUCCUACACGCUCCCUCCUUUGACAUAGAGACAGAGUCUCUUGCCGUUUCCGCAUCCAUAGUCAUGAUCGCUUCCUGGCUGGAGGGGUCGGAAGACUCCAUGGACCUUGCUCUGGCAACUCACAACCUCCUGGUAGAUCGGUUCUUUGUGGAAAUGUCCAAUCCAGGAGCGAAUGUCCGGGGAAAGGCCUGGCCAAUUAAGCUCUACGAAGCAGUUCUCCUCAAUGUCAUCUUCGGACUCUACGCUGGGAAAGAGGAAACUCUAACAAGAGUGGUUCUUCUCCAUAGCUUGUUCGUCUCCCUACUGCGGCGGGUGGGAAUGUUCAGCUCCAAAUCUGCGGCAUACCAACAAAACACCCAUUUCCCUGGCACGUUUCUACCGUAUGUCCAGAAGACACAGCAGGAAUGGAACAGGUUGUGUUUCUAUCUGUUCAAGGCUGACACCUACCUCACCAUCUUAUGUAACCAGCCACUCAACGUUCAGCCCGAAGAGCUUGACAUUGGGUUACCGUGCUCCUUCGCGCUAGCAAACGCUUACGGCCUUGAUAUCUUCUACAAGCGUUACCCCGAGGAUACGGCGGGGCGUGCCGAGCACAAGUUGUCUAGCAUGCUCCACAACUCGCCUCAUUCUAUGACUACGAUGCUCCUCGUUGAAGACAUCCACAUUGGUCUUUGUGGAAUGUCCCAAAGGGUCUGGAAUGUUGUUCAACUACGCCACAUUGACAUGAUAGUCGCACAGCCGGCUGGUAGUGCCCGAGAUUCAAUUUUAGACACGCUGAAUGUAUGGAAACUUCACUUGGACCGCAUCUCCGGACAACUCACUGCGCAGAGCCGGAGCCCAGACUUUAAGAUCAAGGACUUCCCGCUACGCGCAUACCGUAAAGACGAGGACGAAAGUCAGCCGGCAUGGCGAACGGCGGCCCUCGCACGAGCGUCGUCUUUCAUCUUUGGAGCGACGCUUGUCUUUCACCUCCUUAGUUUGCGGCUGUACGCUGAUCCUCACAUACUAUCCCAGGAUUCAGAUCAGAAUGCCAUGCCUGAUCCUGCUGGGACAAUAGGGCACAGCAAGCAAGUACGCGAUUGGAGAGCCUCGAAAGAUGGGAGACAGGCGGUUUCGCACGCUGUGGCGGUCUUAAAGGCACUCGAGACGGCUGACACAGCCAAUCCUGACCUCUUGGAUCCCGUCGGGCGGGUGGCCGUUUCGACGAGUAUUGAUGUCUUGAAAGUGUGGGUUUUGAGUGGUGAAGAGGCGUGUAACUGUACUUUAGAGACUAGCCGUAUUGACGUCGGACGCAACCCGGCGGUGGGUCAGAGGUGGGUUGAGUUGGGUGGCAAGGUUAUUGUGGAUGGCAUUGCGCUUUGUACCUGCAGCUUGGACAUUCUACUGGAGCGGUUUGAUCUUGCUGCAAGUGGUGCAUAGCGGCGCAUAUGGUUUGGCAACUUCUUGAAGGUUUAAUAGGGAGGACCGUAAGUACUGGUAACAUAAAUUUGGUAGAUUACGAGCUAGAUAAACCAGCGAUACUCUGCGUAAUCAGCAUUCCAACAAACCUUGGUGUUUACUCAAGUCAAAUCGAGGUAGCCCCAGGC